AUGAAUGGCGCUCGCGCGUCAAUCGCGACGAGAACCGCGAGGAACUGUGCGUUUCGAAGCGUGGUGCUCCCGAGCGACGACGAACCGCGCGCGCAAAGUCAAUCAUCAAUCAUCUGGAAUUGUCGACGAAAACGCGCCGACGGGCGAAGACUGACCGCGCACGCAUCGUCCGCGCUCGACAGCAUGACCGCGAUGCUCUCCGCGAAAGAUCCGCCCUACGCGGACGCGGUCGUCACGAACGCUAGGGUGGCGGCGACGAAGCUGGAGAAGAUGCUGUUCGAAAAGUGCAAGAGCGAAGAGUCGUACAAGCGCAAAGUUUUAAACAAAAUAGAGUCGAUCUCGGAGAAGAUCAUACGCGACAGGGCGCAAAAGAAUAUGGAAGCGCAAGGCUUAAAAAUGGCGGAAGCGCCGGCGAAGCGGGCGAAGACGGAGGGUGUGGGAGGUGGCGAAGCGGCUUCGACUUCGACGGCGCGUUCGCCGUACGAAGAGGGGCGAGCGUAUUUUGAAGCGUUGUCGCCGGUGGAUCAGAAAACCAUGCGAAGGGACAUCUUGAAGCGAUGGUUGGAAGAGAAUAAAGGGAAGACGGCGAUCGCAAACGAGUUUCAAUCGACCGAAGACGCGCAGGUGAGGAGGCAGAUUUACGUUAACAAGCUCAAAGAUCACCUCGAUUUGCACAUGUUCAAGUCGUUGACGAAUCAGUUACGGGCGCAGCGUCCGACGAUAAUCAAUCCCGAGCUUCAAGGAUUUGUCGCCGAUCUCGUGGCGACGGAUGCGAUGGCGAUGCAAGCGGAAACUAAGCGUCAAGCCAUCGCCGCCGCCACCAAGUCGUCGACGGUUCAACCUACGUCAGAGUAUUGGCUCAAGGUGCACGAGUUGCACGAAAAAUAUCACGCCACGCUUAGCCGGGCGCUGAAGAAUAUUCAAAGCUUGACGAAGAGCGGAGAAAAGCUAUCAGCGAUUCGACAAAAGUUUGUCGACUUGCUGUCCAAGGUAAUCUUGCCCGCUAUCGAGCAAACUCCGAACAAUCGCAACUUGAACGUCGAGGCGACGGUGACGCAUCUCGAGGAAAUCGAGCGAUCGAUCAAGAAAGCGUUGUCAUCGUACGACGUGCACGCACAGCGCAUGCAAGACCAGAAACGUUUGUUGACGAUGGCACCGACGCAACGCGCCAUCGUAUCUCUCACCGAAGGCGUGGAGAACAAGAACAGAACCGACGCUCGUGCCGCCAUCGCCGAGACGUGCUCGAAAUUAAACAUCGAUUUCGACGACUUCACCGCCGAUCUGUUCGACUCGGACGAGGAAGAAGACGAAGCGAUCGACGUGAACGUACUCUUAAAGGACGUCUUCGCGAGCGCGGGUGAUCAGGCACUCGAAAUCGUCCCCGCGGGCGCGCCCGAAACCUGGACGCUCGAGCUCGGCAAGGACGUCGUCGCCGUCGGGUUUCGCGGCGACGCCAUGUCUGAAACCGAGCGCAUCGCCACCGUCGCCGAGUAUUAA